AUGCUAUCUUCACAGCAACGCUUGGCACUUCGAGUGGCGCGACGAAGGCUUCCCAGCGCAGAGGCCCUCCUGUACCGGCAGCAGCAACCAGGCAGCAAUUCACUCGCGACGUUUGCAUCGUCUCAUUGGCUUCACACUAGUAGUAGCAGCUGGAAUCGAGAUGACGAGGAAAACAAGAAGAAGAGUUCAAGAGCCGCUCGUCAACUCCAAGGAUUGCCAUUGUACAACCGCCAGUGGUUUUCUACCACAUCCUCUGAGGACGACAAUAAGAAAACUGAUACUGCUACAACAUACGGCGAACGAGCCGCCGAAUAUCGAGAACGAGCAUCCGAAUACAGCGACAAGGCCAAAGAUGGCGCCAAGUCAUUUGGAGGCAUGAUGAAAGCGUACGGUCCGACCUUUUUGGGAACCUACUUGUCUGUUUACGCCGUCACAUUGGGUGGAUUGUACGUGGGAGUCGAAUCGGGUGUCUUGGAUCCCGUCACACUGUUGGGCUAUAUUACCGGCAAUCACGACGAUGCACGGAGUACCGCCGAAGUCGUGGCCGAGUUGUUGAAACACUAUACAUUGACGGAACGAUGGGCCGAUACGGUCCAACAAAAACCGCAUUGGGCCAAUUUUGCCGUCGCAUGGGUGUCGACCAAGUUUACCGAACCCAUCCGAUUUGGUGCCACGGUUGCCAUUGUGCCACGAGUGGCACGCUAUUUUGGAGUGGUUGUGCCAUCCAACAAUGACAAUAAGGAGCAUGAUGACACGGCCGCCAAUGAGGAGGGAGAAAUACUGAAGGAGUCCGUGGGAGAUAAUGCCGAGGGUGCCGUAUCAGUGGAAGAAGGUCAGGAACAGAAACUGGACACAGCAUCGCAAGAGAAGAAACAACCCUAG